AGUGCGGCAACUACAACAACCCUCGAGCGGUCUGUCUCUACAGACACUCGUUUCUCUGUAUCAACUCAAGACGGAGCACUUUUCAAAUGAUCUCAACCAGUUCAAUUAUACGAAGUGGCACUAGUGAAGCCUCGUUCGACUAAAUAAAUUAGGUAGCUUUAUCUCUUCCUAAGUUCAUCCUCACCACAUCCCAAACCAAUGUUUUAGUCGCUCAGGGGGACGAAGAAAACUUGACAAAAAGAAGCCAAAGAUCUCCAAAGAACUUGAACGCAAGUAUUACUAAUCUGAAUCCAAUAGAAAUCACCUCCUAUUGAUCCUAUAUUUCUACCGAUAUACUCGAAGACCGAAAGCUCAACCGUACGUUCAUAUUUUAAUGGCGGUAUGAGAAACGAAUACUUAGAUAAAGCAAUAUAUAUGAUCGCCAUCGUUCCCUCAUCCUGAGCCUUUUAGGAACCAAUAUCUUGGAUACAAGAGUAACAGAAGCGCUUCUUUCACAAAAUUGAGCCGCUGCUAUGUUGCUCUUCAUCCCUCUACCGCUUCACGUUAGGCUAACCCAGAUUAAAACGCACUAUAUAACUUCAAGAAGAGAAGCUCGUAGCAUAUUAUCAGCUACAAAGCUUAGCCUUUGGGACUUCACGAGUAUUCACAACUAUUUUCACUUUUGUCUAUGUCUUGUUUACUGCCUCCCCUUUUAUGGAUAACAUGCCAACUAGCCGGGAAAUACUGCUAUAUUAACGGCUCUAUACAUAAUUCUCCUGAAUUAGAUAUGGACCUUGCUAUGAAUCUACGAUCACUAGUCACACAUGUGGCUAUCAGUAUGAGCACACGAGCAAGGGUUGCCUAUGCACUUUUGUCCUCGACACCUUGGUGGUCCACGAACCUAGCGGUCAGUCCUGACCUCAGCUCUUAUUGAAUAGGGGGCGUCCGCUAAGGACGUUGCGCCAUAUAUCACGGGCUCUGUGCACUUGUUUACCGGCCUGGUAAGCCACCAGAAUCCCGUAACUUUCUCUUGCCUAUUUGUUAAAAUCGGGCUUGGAUUGAGGUUAACUGAGCGUGGGUAAUCGUUAUCUUGAAGUCAGCUAUUGCGGGGCAAGUGACAUGAGUGGUAUGCGAAUGAAGGAUUUUAUCAGGGCUCUAUUUAGUAGAGUUAUUACCCCUCCCCAAACACGAUAAGGUGUAUAACUGUUAUAUGUAUUAUAGCACCUAACCCACUAUAACCCUACUAUAAC